AUGCUUUAUAACGAUCGAUUAACACCACCAAAUUGGCCACCAUUAGUUCGUUAUCCACGUUAUUAUCCUGUUCGACGCUUAAGUAUCCUGUGGUUUCUUGUUCUGACUAUCUUAUUAUUAACUCUAAGUGUAAUUGCAUUGAUCAUUGUUUUUGCUGUUGAACAUUCAUGGUUUCAUGAUAAUUUUGACAGUAAUACAAAUCGAUAUGGUCUUUGGCGUUUAUGUUUUCCUCCAGAUAAUACAUGCGAUAGUUGGUUUUCUACUGGUGGAGCAAAUAGUGCUUUUAUUGAACGUCGUCUUAAUCAAUCCAAAAGCGGUAUUAAUGCAUGGCAAGCCCUUGAAAUUGUAUUUCUGUUUUUAACAACAUCAACAUUAAUUAUUACUAUAGCUUCUAUUGUUUGUUAUCGAUUUCGAAAUGGUUUUCAUUAUUAUUUGGCUAUAUUAGCAAUAUUUUGCAUAUGGCCAGCAGCAUUUGUUGGUGUUUCGGUAUUAUUCGUCUUUGGUUUUUCUGUAUAUAAUGUUUCAGCAAUACCACGCGACCUUGAUUGGUGUUUUUAUGUAAAUCUUGUUGCUGUUAUACUUGUUAUUUUAGGUGCUAUACUUUUAUCUAUUUAUGAUACACUUUUGAAAAAACCGAUUAGAACUGUUGAUGAUGAUACUGUUAUUGAAACAUUUGCUGAUCUUAAUGGUUAUCCAGCAACAUUCAGUCCAUCAACAUUUGUUAUUGUUCGACGAAAUAAGAGAAAAAGAAAUAAACCUUAUGAUUAUCCACAAGUACUUUAUCCAAAUCAUUAUUUUUCAAAAACAGUAGCUAAUGGUGGUAUUAAUACGAAUUAUGUACCCGAUCCUAAUCAUAAAUCGCUUUCACCUUAUACAUCCAUUACGACUACUCAAGAAACUAAUGUAACUAGUCAACAACAACAAAAGCAACCAUUAACAUCAUAUCAAUAUUUGGAACGUAAUCGUUCUAAUCUUAUAGCAUCACCAUCAGCGGCAACAAUGCCACCGCAAUCAUCAAUACUCGUUCCAACACAAUCUUAUCGAACACUAUCCUCACCAUAUCAAUACCAACCACGCCCAUCUCCACCACAUUGGCGUCGAACAGGAACAAAUGCAAUGAAUCAAUCGAUUGGUUAUGCAUCUGAACCUACGAUUGAUUAUGUUCAACACGAUUAUUAUCAUCCAAUUCGAUCAAAUCCAAUCGAAAGAAGAUAUGAACAAAAACAAGAACCACGUGUUUUACAUUAUUACACAGGUUAUGAUUAUUUUGCUACUAUUGAUCCAGUUAAUACUGUUUUAACAAGACAUCAUCCAUCAACAAUGGGAUCUGGUCCCGCAAUAAGAUAUGGUGAUAAUCUAUAUUAUCGUCCUCAAACUGACUAUAUAAAGAGUACAUUAUAA